AUGGCGGUCCCCUUGGCCGCCUGGCUGGGGCUGAUGCACCUGGCCACCUGUCUGGCUGCUGGGCAUGGCAUGGCUGGCAAGAAGGAGAUCAGCAUGGAUGGGGACCUGGUGAUUGGGGGCCUCUUCCCCGUCCACGAGAAAGGAGUGGGGAGUGAAGACUGCGGCAAGAUCAACGAGCACCGGGGCAUCCAGCGCCUGGAGGCCAUGCUCUUCGCCCUGGACGAGAUCAACAAGGAUGGGAGCAUCCUGCCAGGGGUGAAGCUGGGUGCUCACAUCCUGGACACCUGUUCCAAGGACACCUAUGCCCUAGAGCAGUCCCUUGACUUCGUCCGUGCCUCCCUUACCAGGGUGGAUGGCUCUGAGCACAUCUGCCCCGAUGGCUCCUACGCUGUCCACGAUGAUGUUCCCACUGCCAUCACCGGCGUCAUCGGGGGCUCCUACAGUGAUGUUUCCAUCCAGGUGGCCAACCUGCUGCGGCUCUUCCAGAUCCCACAGAUCAGCUAUGCCUCCACCAGUGCCAAGCUCAGUGACAAGUCCCGCUAUGACUACUUCGCCCGCACUGUCCCUCCAGACUUCUACCAAGCCAAAGCCAUGGCAGAGAUCCUCCGCUUCUUCAACUGGACCUACGUCUCCACUGUGGCCUCAGAGGGCGACUACGGGGAGACGGGGAUCGAGGCCUUCGAGCAGGAAGCCCGCAUGCGCAACAUCUGCAUCGCCACCUCCGAGAAGGUGGGGCGCUCCAUGAACAAGAAGACCUACGAUGGAGUGGUCCGGGCUCUGCUGCAGAAGCCCAAUGCCAGAGUGGUCGUGCUAUUCACCCGAAGUGAAGAUGCCCGGGAGCUGCUGGCAGCUGCCCAGAGGGCCAACGUGUCCUUCAUGUGGGUGGCCAGUGAUGGGUGGGGAGCCCUGGAGAGCGUUGUGGCCGGGAGCGAAGCAGUGGCAGAGGGAGCCAUCACCAUCGAACUGGCAGCCUACCCCAUUAAGGAGUUUGCUUCCUACUUCCGUAGCCUCCACCCCUACAAUAACAGCCGAAACCCCUGGUUUCGGGAGUUUUGGGAGCAGAAGUUUAGGUGCAGCUUCCACACGCAGGACUGUAGCCGGUACUCCCUCAAGACAGGCAAGUUUGAGCCAGAGUCCAAGAUCACGUUUGUGGUCAAUGCAGUCUAUGCCAUGGCUCACUCUCUGCACAACAUGCACCGGACAUUGUGCCCCAACUCCACCAAGCUCUGUGAUGCCAUGAAGCCUGUCAAUGGCAAGAGGUUUUACAAGGACUUUAUACUCAAUGUUAAUUUUGAUGCUCCUUUCAGGCCAGCAGACACCGAGAGCGUAGUUCGGUUUGACCGCUACGGCGAUGGCAUCGGGCGCUACAACAUCUUCAACUACCACUACAUGGACGGGCGGUACCGGUACCAGAAAGUGGGCUACUGGGCAGAGGGGCUCAUGCUGGACACCAGCCUCAUCCCCUGGGCUGAGACUUCCAUUCCCGUGUCCCAGUGCAGUGACCCCUGCAAGAAAAAUGAGAUCAAGAGCAUGCAGCCUGGAGACAUUUGCUGCUGGAUCUGCAUCCCCUGCCAGCCCUACGAGUACCUGCUGGAUGAGUUCACCUGCAUGGACUGCGGUCUUGGUUACUGGCCCAACGAGACCCUGAAUGGCUGCUACGAGCUGCCCCAAGAGUACAUCCGCUGGAAAGACGUCUGGGCCAUCGGUCCCGUCACUAUCUCUUGCCUGGGCUUUAUCUCCACCCUCUUCGUUAUCGGAGUCUUCGUGAAGAACAACGACACUCCCAUCGUGAAGGCCUCUGGACGAGAGCUGUGCUACAUUCUGCUGACUGGGGUCCUCAUGUGUUACAGCAUGACCUUCAUCUUCAUCGCAAAGCCCUCCACCGGGGUGUGCACGCUCCGGCGCCUGGGGCUGGGCACGUCCUUCGCCGUCUGCUACUCGGCCCUCUUGACCAAGACGAAUCGCAUCGCCAGGAUCUUCAGUGGGGUGAAGGAGGGCGUCCAGCGCCCCCGCUUCAUAAGCCCAACAUCACAGGUGGUCAUCUGCAUGGCCCUCAUCUCCUGCCAGCUGAUCAUCGUCAUCAUCUGGCUGCUGGUAGAGACCCCUGGCACAGGCAAGGAGACUGAGCCUGACAAGAGGUACAUUGUCACCCUCAAGUGCAACAACCGUGACUCCAACAUGCUCAUUUCGCUCACCUAUAAUGUCCUCUUGAUUGUCCUCUGCACGGUCUACGCCUUCAAGACACGGAAAUGUCCCGAAAACUUCAACGAGGCCAAGUUCAUUGGGUUCACCAUGUACACGACCUGCAUCAUCUGGCUGGCCUUCCUGCCCAUCUUCUAUGUGACCUCCAGCGACUACCGUGUCCAGACCACCACCAUGUGCAUCUCGGUGAGCCUCAGCGGCACCGUGGUCCUUGGCUGCCUCUUCACCCCCAAGCUCCACAUCAUCCUCUUCCAGCCGCAGAAGAACGUGGCCAGUCACCGCGUGGGCACCGCUCGGUUCAGCGUGGCAGCAGCCAGCUCCAGCCAGUCCCACGGCUCAGCCUCGCCAUACGUGCCCACGGUGUGCAAUGGCCGUGAGGUGGUGGAUUCCACAACGUCAUCCUUGUGAAGGACGGGGGGCCAGGCUGUGGUGCUGCCAUAUAGCACCCCACUGCUUCCCAGGGAGAGCAGCGCCCGCAGCAUGGCCCACUGAGGUGCCAGGUGCAGCCGGGAGGCUCAGUCCCUGCCCCAGCACGAGCUACACAUCCCACAUGUCGGGUCAUGGUACGUGUCACCCUUCCCUUGCACUGAGCCACCUUACAUGUACCCUGUCCUCCACACCCUGCACUGAGCCAUGGUGAACAUCCCCCUCCCUGAGCUGAGCCACGGCGCACGUCCCCAGCCCUUGCACCGACCCAUGGCACAUCCCUCUGCGUCACCUGCACUGAGCCAUGUGCCCCCACAUGCUUGCACUGAGCCAUGGUGAAUGUCCUCCAGCCCUGCACUGAGCCGUAGUGCACAUGGCACGGACCUCGC